ACUGCUUUCUCAUAAGCUACUAUCAAGGAAUAUGCAGAAUGCAAAGCACUUCGUUUUGGUUCACGGCAGUUGCCUCGGAGCAUGGUGUUGGUACAAGCUUGUUGCCCUACUCCGACAUGCUGGCCACCGCGUCACCGCGUUGGACCUCGGUGGUUCUGGGAUCCAUUCCAACCAGAUUCACGAGGUCACUUCCAUUUGGGAUUAUGUCCAGCCAUUGAUGGAGUUCUUGGGUUCUAUUCCUGAAGAUGAGAAGGUGAUAUUGGUAGGUCAUAGUUAUGGCGGCCUUCCUAUAUCUUUAGCCAUGGAGAUGUUUCCUCAGAAGAUUUCGGUUGCUGUUUUUGUCACAGCCUAUUUGCCUCAUUACACUUUCCCCCCCGGAGUCCUCAUACAAGAAUUCUUGAAAAGGACCUCGGCGGAGUCGUUAUUGGAUUGCCAGUUCACAUUUGGACAAAAUAACCCGGAAAAUCAGUUGACUUCAGUUCUGUUUGGUUCACAAUAUAUGGCAGCCAAAUUGUACCAGCACUGCAAACCAGAGGAUCUGGAAUUAGCUAAAAUGUUGAUAAGGCCAUCUGGGAUGUUCUUGGAAGACAUGAACAAGGAAGGGUUGCUUACAGAAGCGAAAUUCGGGUCGGUAACUAGGGUUUUUGUAGUGUGUGAAGAAGAUGAGGUGAUGAAAGAAGAAUUUCAACGGUGGAUGAUUGAGAAUAGUCCGAAUGCAGAAGUGAGAUUGAUUAGAGAAGCUGGCCAUAUGGUCAUGCUAACAAAGCCUAUAGAACUUUGCCAAUGCUUAUGUGAAGUGGCUAUGAAAACACCAUAAGAUGUUUUCAAAUCUUCAAUAAACCCAAAUUGUUCCCUUUUUUAACUAUUGUAAAGGGCACACUCUUUUGUCUUUUUCAAGUUUUUUCUCAUUGCUCAAUUUCUACAGUGUUAUCAAUUUUAGCAUUUUGACGUUUUUUA